AUGACAUUAACAGUAGCCAUAAUGAUUGGCGUGUUACUGUUAAAUUAUAUGCAUUACACACACAUCGGUUUACCCACAAUACUUGGUGACUUCCUUCUAUUUAGUUUGGUUUUGACAGUAUUGGUAAUCGGGGAGACGGCACUGGUGUAUGCCAUCUAUUACGGUGUCUGUGAAGUUCCUAGUUGGGUUCGGAAGUUAUUCGUUGAUUGGUUGGCACGCUUUGUUUGUGUUAAAGUUGAUUCCAUACGACAGGACGACGUUGAGAUGAAGCAGCCAACGACUAAUGGUGACGAGAAAAAGCCAAGCGAGCUAGAAAAUCGUCUGGUCAGUAACAAUGAUUGGGUCAUUGUUGCCAAUGUGAUUGACCGCAUAUGUUUCUGGGUUUUCGUCCUGACCUAUUCUAUAGGAGCUGCUGUGUUGUUGACCCGGAAAUAA